AUGGUGAAAUUCCUCAAGCCCAACAAAGCCGUCAUCGUCCUCCAAGGCCGUUACGCCGGCCGGAAGGCGGUCAUCGUUCGCGCCUUUGAUGACGGAACCCGGGAUCGUGCUUAUGGCCACUGCUUAGUCGCUGGAAUUAAGAAGUACCCGGCCAAGGUCAUCCGCAAGGACUCCGCCAAGAAAACCGCUAAAAAAUCUCGAGUCAAGGCCUUCGUCAAGCUCGUCAACUACAGGCACCUGAUGCCCACAAGGUACACUCUCGAUGUCGAUCUUAAAGACGUUGUCACUAUCGAUUCAUUGCAGUCAAAGGACAAGAAGGUGACCGCCGCCAAGGAAACUAAGAAGAGAUUCGAGGAAAGGUUCAAAACCGGGAAGAACAGGUGGUUUUUCACCAAGCUAAGGUUCUGAAGAGGCUCCUUCAGUUAUGGGUUUGUUCUGGAUUACUCUCCUAUUAGGUUACCGAACAACUUUUUUUUUUUUUUUUUGAGUUAUCGUGCGUAAUGCAUUACGAAUGUAUUUUGAUUUGGUGUUAUGGAUUAUGCAAAUUACAUUUCCACCAGUUGAAUUUAAAUUUAACGUCUGAAGGAAAGGUUUUGGUGACGGCGAUUCUGGAGCUUCAAAACUCCUUUAAGACUCACGACUUGGGCUUCGCCGUCACCGUCGACGGUCAGGUUUUCUUCUACAAUCAUUCUGAAUCGUCAUCUCACUUUUAUUAUCAUUAUUAAUAUUUUCCGUCCA